AUGACAUCUGUAUCCCAUACAACCGUGCCUGAAUUCCCCAUCAGUGAGAGAACCAAGGCAACUAGUCCUUCCACUAUUAGGACUGAAUUUCCAAAUAAUGGGACCACCGUAGCCUCAACUCCGUAUGUCCCAAGAACAGAACUCACUCACAACCAAACGACAGUGGCAACAACUCUUUCUGUGUCUGCUACAAGCGAAAUCUCCACCAGUGCGACAAGCUUGACAACAGCCUCCUCUCAGCCCAUUGUGUCAACGUCUUCCAUCGAGAGUAGCACAAUGACGUCUGUGUCCCAUACAACCUUACCUGAAUUCACCAGCAAUAAGACAACCGUGACGUUGGCCCCUCUCCAUCCAACUCGUACUGAAUUCACUAAUACGGAAAGUAGAGGAGUAACAACUCUUUCUGUCCCUAACACAGGGGAAUUCAGCAGCCGACAGACAACUUUCACAACAGUCUCUCCUCAGCCGACUGUGACCACAUCUUCCACCAAGUCUACCGUGAAGACAAAAGCGACAACCAUAUCUUCAUCCACCGCCAACGAGACCACCCUGGUGCCAACAUUUUCCUACUCAAGUCCUCCGGCAUCCACCCACAAUGAGACACUGCCAGUGACAACCCGUUUUGUUCCAAGUCCAACCAAAUCCACCACCCAUGAGAAAACCUUGGUGACGACUGUUUCUUUGCCUACCACCGCAAGGUCCACCUCCGGCGUCUCUAGCACAGUGAUGACUUCAGAGCCAGCCACAAGUCGAGUGUCUUCUACACGGUCUAUGGUUCCUCCUCUUCCCGUCUCGACAGGCUCUUCGGCUCCCACGAGGAAACCCAGCACCGUGACCAGCCAUGUCACCCAGACUCAGUCUAGCAGCAGACGUACUUCCAUGAAUGUGCCAACCAAAAUCCCAGUGACCAGCAGCCACCCCGCAAACACCACUGGUACCACAACCACUGCGGUUCCCACCAUCACGCUGGAGCCCCUGAGGUGCCAGAACGGAGGGACGCCCCUUGCGAACAAGUGUCUCUGUCUGCCCAGCUUUACAGGGGAGCAGUGCGAAACGGUGAUGAACGACAUCAACGUCGAUGUGGUGUCGGCGGAGAUCAAUGUCACCGUGGUGGUGACGAACGCGAACUUCAACCAAAGCUUGGAGGAUCCAACGUCCACGGCGUUCAAAGAGUUUGUGGAAACCUUCAUCAUCCUGAUGGACCCGAUUUACAAGCAGAUGGUGCCCGGGUUCCUGCGCAUCGAGGUGAUCCGGCUGAGCAACGGCAGCGUGGUGGUGGAUCACCGCGUGGUCCUGGAGGUGCCCUACGCCACCUACACCAGCACCUACAGCGAGGCCGUGGCCAACGUCAGCGCACGGCUCAACGCCACCAAUUGCACCGGCGCCUCGGCCGCCUCCUCUCGGGCUCAGUUACAGGAAUUGUGCUUCAGAGCCAACACGACUCACGUCAACACCGUUCCCCUGAGGACGGCAGCGGUCUGCCAGAACGACUCCGUCAUCCCCGCGGCGUACCAGAAAUAUUACUUCCCACUCAACGUGAGCAACACGCUGAUGUGCGUCUCCAACUGCAGCAGCCAGAGCCCCUACGGCCCCUUCUGCAAAGCAGGGGAGCAGUGCUACCUCGGGGCUCAGGGCCCCCAGUGCCGUGAGCCGACCACGACAGUAGCAGGGACCCAGUCAACGCCAACGACAGCUGAGUUCACAGCACGUGAGACAGCGCACAGCACCGCGAUUCAGCCCAGCGCAGAGACACUGAGCUCAGUCACCGCUCCGGUCCCAAACACGUCUGCGUCCCCCACAGAGAGAAGCGCACACACCAGUUCUUCAGAGACAGCUACAGGAGAAAGUCUGAGGACUGCUUCCCAGUCUCCUCUGACAGCAUCGUCCAGUGAAAGUCCCCUAAGGACGACUGUCACACAGCCAGCGGUCUCUGAGACAACCGUGACAUGGGUUCCUCCCUAUCCAACUGGGACUGAAUUCACAAGUACAGACACUACCCUAGCAAGCUCUCCUUCUCUUCCAAUGACAGAGACAUCCACAGCCAAUGCCAUAAUGCCUUCAGUGCACACCACAAUGGAAACAAGCAACAGUGAGACAACCUCAGCCACAUCCUCCUCACCGCCAACGGUGACCAGCUCUUCCCACCACAGCACCUUCUUCACUUCUGUCUCUCACACAACCGUUUCCGAAACCACCAACGAUGAAACGACUCUGGGAAUAACAGUUUCUGCUCCAGCUUCAACAGAAUUUACCACCCGUGAAACAACAUUGUCAACAACACCCUCAGCCUCCGCUCCAUCUGAAACAUCCACUAGCGAGACAGUGGUCACAAGAGCUACUCACUCUGCAGUUGUAUCAACAUCUUCCAGGGAGAUAACAACAAGUGUCUCUCUCUCAACACUACCUGAAACAUUCCCCAGUGAGACAACCGGAAAAACAACUUAUCUUCCCCCUACUUUUAGUGAAUAUACAAGCAGUGAGACUCCCAUGGCAACCUUCCUUCCGGUCCUGAGCACUGAAUCCAUAUCGAAGCCCAGCACUUCCAGGAUGACCUCCACGGCCGAGACACACACCGUCUCCGAAUCUGUUCCCUCAUCCAGUGCUUCAAGCCCAACCUCCGCGGCCGAGACCCACACCGUCUCCGAGUCUGUUCCCUCAUCCAGUUCUUCAAGCCUGACCUCCAGAGCUGAGGCCAGCACUGUCUCUGAGCCCGUCUCCACACCCAGCGGUUACAGCCCGAGCUCUGCGACCGAGGCCAGCACCAUGUCCGAGUCCGUCUCCACGCCCAGCCCUGCCAGCCCAACAUCCACCGCCGAGGCCAGCACCAUCACACAGCCAGCGGUCUCUGAAUUCACCACCAAUGAGACAACCGUGACAUUGGUUCCUCCCCAUCCAACUGGGACUGAAUUCACAACAUUGUCCAGUGAAAGUCCCAUAAGGACGACUGUCACACAGCCAGCGGUCUCUGAAUUCACCACCAAUGAGACAACCGUGACAUUGGUUCCUCCCCAUCCAACUGGGACUGAAUUCACAAGUACGGAGACUACCCCAGCAAACUCCCCUUCUCUUCCAAUGACAGAGACAUCCACACCCAAUGCCAUAACAUCUUUAGUGCACACCACAGUGGAAACAAGCAACAGUGAGACAACCUCCGCCACAUCCUCCUCACCGCCAACGGUGACCAGCUCUUCCCCCCACAGCACCUUCUUGACUUCUGUCUCUCACACAACCGUUUCCGAAACCACCAACGAUGAAACGACUCUGUCAACAACAGUUUCUGCUCCAGCUUCAACAGAAUUUACCAACCGUGAAACAACAUUGUCAACAACACCCUCUGCGUCCGCUCCAUCUGAAACAUCCACUAGCGAGACAGUGGCCACGAGAGCUACUCACUCUGCAGUUGUAUCAACAUCUUCCAGGGAGAUAACAACAAGUGUCUCUCUCUCAACACUACCUGAAACGUUCCGCAGUGAGACAACCGGAACAACAACUUCUCUUCCCCCUACUUUUAGUGAAUAUACAAGCAGUGAGACUCCCAUGGCAACCUCCCUUCCGGUCCUGAGCACUGAACCCAUAUCCAAGCCCAGCGCUUCCAGCCUAACCUCCACAGCCGAGGCACACACAGUCUCCGAGUCUGUUCCCUCGUCCAGUGCUUCAAGCCUAACCUCCACAGCCGAGGCACACACCAUCUCCGAGUCUGUUCCCUCGUCCAGUGCUUCAAGACUGACCUCCACGGCCGAGACCCACACCGUCUCCGAGUCUCUUACCUCGUCCAGUGCUUCAAGCCUGACCUCCAGAGCUGAGGCCAGCACUGUCUCUGAGCCCGUCUCCACACCCAGCGGUAACAGCCCGAGCUCUGCGACCGAGGCCAGCACCAUGUCCGAGUCCAUCUCCACGCCCAGCCCGGCCAGCCCAACAUCCACCGCCGAGGCCAGCACCAUCACACAGCCAGCGGUCUCUGAAUUCACCACCAAUGAGACAACCGUGACAUUGGUUCCUCCCCAUCCAACUGGGACUGAAUUCACAAGUACGGAGACUACCCCAGCAAACUCCCCUUCUCUUCCAAUGACAGAGACAUCCACACCCAAUGCCAUAACAUCUUCAGUGCACACCACAGUGGAAACAAGCAACAGUGAGACAACCUCAGCCACAUCCUCCUCACCGCCAACGGUGACCAGCUCUUCCCCCCACAGCACUUUCUUGACUUCUGUCUCUCACACAACCGUUUCCGAAACCACCAACGAUGAAACGACUCUGUCAAGAACAGUUUCUGCUCCAGCUUCAACAGAAUUUUCCAACUAUGAAACAACAUUGUCAACAACACCCUCUGCGUCUGCUCCAUCUGAAACAUCCACUAGCGAGACAGUGGCCACGAGAGCUACUCACUCUGCAGUUGUAUCAACAUCUUCCAGGGAGAUAACAACAAGUGUCUCUCUCUCAACACUACCUGAAACCUUCCCCAGUGAGACAACCGUGACAAGAACUUCUCUUCCCCCUACUUUUAGUGAAUAUACAAGCAGUGAGACUCCCAUGGCAACCUCCCUUCCGGUCCUGAGCACUGAAUCCAUAUCCAAGCCCAGUGCUUCCAGCCUGACCUCCACGGCCGAGACCCACACCGUCUCCGAGUCUGUUCCCUCGUCCAGUGCUUCAAGCCUGACCUCCGCGGCCGAGGCCCACACCGCCUCCGAGUCUGUUCCCUCGUCCAGUUCUUCAAGCCAGACCUCCACGGCCGAGACACACACCGUCUCCGAGUCUGUUCCCUCGUCCAGUUCUGCAAGCCUGACCUCCAGAGCUGAGGCCAGCACUGUCUCUGAGCCCGUCUCCACACCCAGCGGUUACAGCCCGAGCUCUGCGAGCGAGGCCAACACCAUGUCCGAGUCCGUCUCCACGCCCAGCCCUGCCAGCCCAACAUCCACCGCCGAGGCCAGCACCAUCACACAGCCAGCGGUCUCUGAAUUCACCACCAAUGAGACAACCAUGACAUUGGUUCCUCCCCAUCCAACUGGGACUGAAUUCACAAGUACGGAGACUACCCUGGCAAACUCCCCUUCUCUUCCAUUGACAGAGACAUCCACACCCAAUGCAAUAACAUCUUCAGUGCACACCACAGUGGAAACAAGCAACAGUGAGACAACCUCAGCCACAUCCUCUCCACCACCAACGGUGACCAGUUCUUCCACCAACAGCAGCUUUUUCACUUCUAUCUCUCACACAACCGUUUCCGAAACCACCAACGAUGAAACGACUCUGUCAACAACAGUUUCUGCCCCAGCUUCAAAAGAAUUUACCACCCAUGAAACAACAUUGUCAACAACACCCUCUGCGUCCGCUCCAUAUGAAACAUCCACUAGCGAGACAGUGGACACGAGAGCUUCUCACUCUGCCGUUGUAUCAACAUCUUCCAGGGAGAUAACAACAAGUGUCUCUCUCACAACACUAACUGAAACCUUCCCCAGUGAGACAACUGUGAAAACGACUUCUCUUCCCACUACCUUUAGUGAAUAUACAAGCAGUGAGACUCCCAUGGCAACCUCCCUUCCGGUCCAGAGCACUGAAUCCAUAUCAAAGCCCAGCGCUUCAAGCCUAACCUCCACAGCCGAGGCACACACCAUCUCCGAGUCUGUUCCCUCGUCCAGUGCUUCAAGACUGACCUCCACGGCCGAGACCCACACCGUCUCCGAGUCUCUUCCCUCGUCCAGUGCUUCAAGCCUGACCUCCAGAGCUGAGGCCAGCACUGUCUCUGAGCCCGUCUCCACACCCAGCGGUAACAGCCCGAGCUCUGCGACCGAGGCCAGCACCAUCUCCGAGUCCGUCUCCACGCCAAGCCCAGCCAGCCCGACCUCCACCACCGAGGCCAGCACCAUCACACAGCCAGCGGUCUCUGAAUUCACCACCAAUGAGACAACCGUGACAUUGGUUCCUCCCCAUCCAACUGGGACUGAAUUCACAAGUACGGAGACUACCCCAGCAAACUCCCCUUCUCUUCCAGUGACAGAGACAUCCACACCCAAUGCCAUAACAUCUUCAGUGCACACCACAGUGGAAACAAGCAACAGUGAGACAACCUCAGCCACAUCCUCCUCACCGCCAACGGUGACCAGCUCUUCCAUUCACAGCACCUUCUUGACUUCUGUCUCUCACACAACCCUUGCCGAAACCACCAACGAUGAAACGACUCUGUCAACAACAGUUUCUGCUCCAGCUUCAACAGAAUUUACCAACCGUGAAACAACAUUGUCAACAACACCCUCUGCGUCCGCUCCAUCUGAAACAUCCACUAGCGAGACAGUGGCCACGAGAGCUACUCACUCUGCAGUUGUAUCAACAUCUUCCAGGGAGAUAACAACAAGUGUCUCUCUCUCAACACUACCUGAAACGUUCCCCAGUGAGACAACCGAAACAACAACUUCUCUUCCCCCUACUUUUAGUGAAUAUACAAGCAGUGAGACUCCCGUGGCAACCUCUCUUCCGGUCCUGAGCAGUGAAGCCAUAUCCAAGCCCAGCGCUUCCAGCCUGACCUCCACGGCCGAAACCCACACCGUCUCCGAGUCUGUUCCCUCAUCCAGUGCUUCAAGCCUGACCUCCGCGGCCGAGACCCACACCGUCUCCGAGUCUGUUCCCUCGUCCAGUGCUUCAAGCCUGACCUCCAGAGCUGAGGCCAGAACCGUCUCUGAGCCCGUCUCCACACCCAGCGCUUACAGCCCGAGCUCUGCGACUGAGGCCAGCACCAUGUCCGAGUCCAUCUCCACGCCAAGCCCUGCCAGCCCAACAUCCACCGCCAAGGCCAGCACCCUCACACAGCCAGCGGUCUCUGAAUUCACCACCAAUGAGACAACCGUGACAUUGGUUCCUCCCCAUCCAACUGGGACUGAAUUCACAAGUACGGAGACUACCCUAGCAAACUCCCCUUCUCUUCCAAUGACAGAGACAUCCACACCCAAUGCCAUAACAUCUUCAGUGCACACCACAGUGGAAACAAGCAACAGUGAGACAACCUCAGCCACAUCCUCCUCACCGCCAACGGUGACCAGCUCUUCCCCCCACAGCACCUUCUUGACUUCUGUCUCUCACACAGCCGUUUCCGAAACCACCAACGAUGAAACGACUCUGUCAACAACAGUUUCUGCUCCAGCUUCAACAGAAUUUACCAUUGCUGAAACAACAUUGUCAACAACACCCUCUGCGUCCGCUCCAUCUGAAACGUCCACUAGCAAGACAGUGGCCACGAGACCUACUCACUCUGCAGUUGUAUCAACAUCUUCCAGGGAGAUAACAACAAGUGUCUCCCUCUCAACACUACCUGAAACUUUCCCCAGUGAGACAACCGUGACAAGAACUUCUCUUCCCCCUACUUUUAGUGAAUAUACAAGCAGUGAGACUCCCAUGGCAACCUCCCUUCCGGUCCUGAGCACUGAAUCCGUAUCCAAGCCCAGCGCUUCCAGCCUGACCUCCACGGCCGAGACACUCACCGUCUCUGAGUCUGUUCCCUCGUCCAGUGCUUCAAGCCUGACCUCCACGACCGAGGCACACACCGUCUCCGAGUCUGUUCCCUCAUCCAGUGCUUCAAGCCUGACCUCCACGGCCGAGACCCACACCGUCUCCGAGUCUGUUCCCUCGUCCAGUUAUUCAAGCCUGACCUCCGCAGCCGAGAACCACACCGUCUCUGAGCCCGUCUCCACACCCAGCGGUUACAGCCCGAGCUCUGCGACCGAGGCCAGCACCAUGUCCGAGUCCAUCUCCACGCCCAGCCCUGCCAGCCCAACAUCCACCGCCGAGGCCAGCACCAUCACACAGCCAGCGGUCUCUGAAUUCACCACCAAUGCGAGAACCGUGACAGUGGUUCCUCCCCAUUCAACUGGUAGUGAAUUCACAAGUAUGGACACUACAGUGGCAAGCUCUCCUUCUCUUCCAAUGACAGAGACACCCACACCCAAUGCCAUAACAUCUUCAGUGCACACCACAGUGGAAACAAUCAACAGUGAGACAACCUCAGCCACAUCCUCCUCACCGCCAACGGUGACCAGCUCUCCCCCCCACAGCACCUUCUUGACUUCUGUCUCUCACAGAACCAUUUCCGAAACCACCAACGAUGAAACGACUCUGUCAACAACAGUUUCUGCUCCAGCUUCAACAGAACUUACCAACCGUGAAACAACAUUGUCAACAACACCCUCUGCGUCCGCUCCAUCUGAAACAUCCACUAGCGAGACAGUGGCCACGAGAGCUACUCACUCUGCUGUUGUAUCAACAUCUUCCAGGGAGAUAACAACAAGUGUCUCUCUCUCAACACUACCUGAAACUUUCACCAGUGAGACAACCGUAACAAGAACUUCUCUUCCCCCUACUUUUAGUGAAUAUACAAGCAGUGAGACUCCCAUGGCAACCUCCCUUCCGGUCCUGAGCACAGCCGAAAUUUCCACGAGGGAGGAAAGUCAGACGACUGCUUCCCCGUCUCCUCUGACAGCAUUGUCCAGUGAAAGUCCCAUAACAACGACUGUCACACAGCCAGUGGUCUCUGAAUUCACCACCAAUGAGACAACCGUGACACUGGUUCCUCCCCAUCCAACUGGGACUGAAUUCACAAGUACGGAGACUACCCUAGCAAACUCCCCUUCUCUUCCAAUGACAGAGACAUCCAAAUCCAAUGCCAUAACAUCUUCAGUGCACACCACAGUGGAAACAAGCAACAGUGAGACAACCUCAGCCACAUCCUCCUCACCGCCAACGGUGACCAGCUCUUCCCCCCACAGCACCUUCUUGACUUCUGUCUCUCACACAACCGUUUCCGAAACCACCAACGAUGAAACGACUCUGUCAACAACAGUUUCUGCUCCAGCUUCAACAGAAUUUACCAACCGUGAAACAACUUUGUCAACAACACCCUCUGCGUCCGCUCCAUCUGAAACAUCCACUAGCGAGACAGUGGCCACGAGAGCUACUCACUCUGCAGUUGUAUCAACAUCUUCCAGGGAGAUAACAACAAGUGUAUCUCUCUCAACACUACCUGAAACAUUCCCCAGUGAGACAACCGGAAUAACAACUUCUCUUCCCCCUACUUUUAGUGAAUAUACAAGCAGUGAGACUCCCGUGGCAACCUCCCUUCCGGUCCUGAGCAGUGAAGCCAUAUCCAAGCCCAGCGCUUCCAGCCUGACCUCCACGGCCGAGACACACACCGUCUCCGAGUCCGUUCCCUCGUCCAGUACUUCAAGCCUGACCUCCAGAGCUGAGGCCAGCACCGUCUCUGAGCCCGUCUCCACACCCAGCGCUUACAGCCCGAGCUCUGCGACCGAGGCCAGCACCAUGUCCGAGUCCAUCUCCACGCCCAGCCCUGCCAGCCCAACAUCCACCGCCGAGGCCAGCACCCUCACACAGCCAGCGGUCUCUGAAUUCACCACCAAUGAGACAACCGUGACAUUGGUUCCUCCCCAUCCAACUGGGACUGAAUUCACAAGUACGGAGACUACCCUAGCAAACUCCCCUUCUCUUCCAAUGACAGAGACAUCCACACCCAAUGCCAUAACAUCUUCAGUGCACACAACAGUGGAAACAAGCAACAGUGAGACAACCUCAGCCACAUCCUCCUCACCGCCAACGCUGACCAGCUCUUCCCCCCACAGCACCUUCUUGACUUCUGUCUCUCACACAACCGUUUCCGAAACCACCAACGAUGAAACGACUCUGUCAACAACAGUUUCUGCUCCAGCUUCAACAGAAUUUACCAUUGCUGAAACAACAUUGUCAACAACACCCUCUGCGUCCGCUCCAUCUGAAACAUCCACUAGCGAGACAGUGGCCACGAGAGCUACUCACUCUGCAGUUGUAUCAACAUCUUCCAGGGAGAUAACAACAAGUGUGUCUGUCUCAACACUACCUGAAACGUUCCCCAGUGAGACAACCGGAACAACAACUUCUCUUCCCCCUACUUUUAGUGAAUAUACAAGCAGUGAGACUCCCGUGGCAACCUCCCUUCCGGUCCUGAGCAGUGAAGCCAUAUCCAAGCCCAGCGCUUCCAGCCUGACCUCCACGGCCGAGACCCACACCGUCUCCGAGUCUGUUCCCUCGUCCAGUUCUUCAAGCCUGACCUCCAGAGCUGAGGCCAGCACCGUCUCUGAGCCCGUCUCCACACCCAGCGCUUACAGCCCGAGCUCUGCGACCGAGGCCAGCACCAUGUCCGAGUCCAUCUCCACGCCCAGCCCUGCCAGCCCAACAUCCACCGCCGAGGCCAGCACCCUCACACAGCCAGCGGUCUCUGAAUUCACCACCAAUGAGACAACCGUGACAUUGGUUCCUCCCCAUCCAACUGGGACUGAAUUCACAAGUACGGAGACUACCCUAGCAAACUCCCCUUCUCUUCCAAUGACAGAGACAUCCACACCCAAUGCCAUAACAUCUUCAGUGCACACCACAGUGGAAACAAGCAACAGUGAGACAACCUCAGCCACAUCCUCCUCACCGCCAACGCUGACCAGCUCUUCCCCCCACAGCACCUUCUUGACUUCUGUCUCUCACACAACCGUUUCCGAAACCACCAACGAUGAAACGACUCUGUCAACAACAGUUUCUGCUCCAGCUUCAACAGAAUUUACCAUUGCUGAAACAACAUUGUCAACAACACCCUCUGCGUCCGCUCCAUCUGAAACGUCCACUAGCGAGACAGUGGCCACGAGAGCUACUCACUCUGCAGUUGUAUCAACAUCUUCCAGGGAGAUAACAACAAGUGUCUCCCUCUCAACACUACCUGAAACGUUCCCCAGUGAGACAACUGUGACAACAACUUCUCUUCCCACUACCUUUAGUGAAUAUACAAGCAGUGAGACUCCCAUGGCAACCUCCCUUCCGGUCCAGAGCACUGAAUCCAUAUCCAAGCCCAGCGCUUCCAGCCUGACCUCCACGGCCGAGACACACACCGUCUCCGAGUCUGUUCCCUCGUCCAGUGCUUCAAGCCUGACCUCCGCGGCCAAGGCCAGCACCAUCUCCGAGUCUGUUCCCUCAUCCAGUGCUUCAAGCCUGACCUCUUCCCCCCACAGCACCUUCUUGACUUCUGUCUCUCACACAACCGUUUCCGAAACCACCAACGAUGAAACGACUCUGUCAACAACAGUUUCUGCUCCAGCUUCAACAGAAUUUACCAUUGCUGAAACAACAUUGUCAACAACACCCUCUGCGUCCGCUCCAUCUGAAACAUCCACUAGCGAGACAGUGGCCACGAGAGCUACUCACUCUGCAGUUGUAUCAACAUCUUCCAGGGAGAUAACAACAAGUGUGUCUGUCUCAACACUACCUGAAACGUUCCCCAGUGAGACAACCGGAACAACAACUUCUCUUCCCCCUACUUUUAGUGAAUAUACAAGCAGUGAGACUCCCAUGGCAACCUCCCUUCCGGUCCUGAGCACUGAAUCCAUAUCCAAGCCCAGCGCUUCCAGCCUGACCUUCACGGCGGAGACACACACCGUCUCCGAGUCUGUUCCCUCGUCCAGUGCUUCAAGCCUGACCUCCGCGUCCGAGGCCCACACCGUCUCCGAGUCUGUUCCCUCGUCCAGUGCCUCAAGCCUUACCUCCAGAGCAGAGGAUAGCACUGUCUCUGAGCCCGUCUCCACACCCAGCGGUUACAGCCCGAGCUCUGCGACCGAGGCCAGCACCAUGUCCUUAUCCAUCUCCACGCCCAGCCCUGUCAGCCCAACAUCCACCGCCGAGGCCAGCACCAUCACACAGCCUGGGGUCUCUGAAUUCACCACCACCAAUGAGACAACCGUGACACUGGUUCCUCCCCAUCCAGCUGGUACUGAAUUCACAAGUACGGAGACUACCCCAGCAAACUCCCCUUCUCUUCCAAUGACAGAGACAUCAACACCCAAUGCCAUAACAUCUUCAGUGCACACCACAGUGGAAACAAGCAACAGUGAGACAACCUCAGCCACAUCCUCCUCACCGCCAACGGUGACCAGCUCUUCCCCCCACAGCACCUUCUUGACUUCUGUCUCUCACACAACCGUUUCCGAAACCACCAACGAUGAAACGACUCUGUCAGCAACAGUUUCUGCUCCAGCUUCAACAGAAUUUACCAACCGUGAAACAACAUUGUCAACAACACCCUCUGCGUCCGCUCCAUAUGAAACAUCCACUAGAGAGACAGUGGCCACGAGAGCUACUCACUCUGCAGUUGUAUCAACAUCUUCCAGGGAGAUAACAACAAGUGUCUCUCUCUCAACACUACUUGAAACAUUCCCCAGUGAGACAACCGGAAAAACAACUUCUCUUCCCCCUACUUUUAGUGAAUAUACAAGCAGUGAGACUCCCAUGGCAACCUCCCUUCCGGUCCUGAGCACUGAAUCCAUAUCCAAGCCCAGCGCUUCCAGCCUGACAUCCACUGCCGAGACCCACACCGUCUCUGAGUCUGUUCCCUCGUCCAGUGCUUCAAGCCUGACCUCCACGGCCGAGACCCACACAGUCUCUGAGUCUGUUCCCUCGUCCAGUUCUUCAACCCUGACCUCCAGAGCUGAGGCCAGCACUGUCUCUGAGCCCGUCUCCACACCCAGCGGUUACAGCCCGAGCUCUGCGACCGAGGCCAGCACCCUGUCCGAGUCUGUCUCCACGCCCAACCCUGCCAGCCCAACAUCCACCGCCGAGGCCAGCACCAUCACACAGCCAGCGGUCUCUGAAUUCACCACCAAUGAGACAACCGUGACAUUGGUUCCUCCCCAUCCAACUGGGACUGAAUUCACAAGUACGGAGACUACCCUAGCAAACUCCCCUUCUCUUCCAAUGACAGAGACAUCCACACCCAAUGCCAUAACAUCUUCAGUGCACACCACAGUGGAAACAAGCAACAGUGAGACAACCUCAGCCACAUCCUCCUCACCGCCAACGGUGACCAGCUCUUCCCCCCACAGCACGUUCUUGACUUCUGUCUCUCACACAACCGUUUCCGAAACCACCAACGAUGAAACGACUCUGUCAGCAACAGUUUCUGCUCCAGCUUCAACAGAAUUUACCAACCGUGAAACAACAUUGUCAACAACACCCUCUGCGUCCGCUCCAUCUGAAACAUCCACUAGCGAGACAGUGGCCACGAGAGCUACUCACUCUGCAGUUGUAUCAACAUCUUCCAGGGAGAUAACAACAAGUGUGUCUGUCUCAACACUACCUGAAACGUUCCCCAGUGAGACAACCGGAGCAACAACUUCUCUUCCCCCUACUUUUAGUGAAUAUACAAGCAGUGAGACUCCCAUGGCAACCUCCCUUCCGGUCCUGAGCACUGAAUCCAUAUCCAAGCCCAGCGCUUCCAGCCUGACCUCCACGGCCGAGACACACACCGUCUCCGAGUCUGUUCCCUCGUCCAGUGCUUCAAGCCCGACCUCCGCGUCCGAGACCCACACCGUCUCUGAGUCUGUUCCCUCGUCCAGUGCUUCAAGCCUGACCUCCAGAGCUGAGGCCAGCACUGUCUCUGAGCCCGUCUCCACACCCAGCGGUUACAGCCCGAGCUCUGCGACCGAGGCCAGCACUAUAUCCGAGUCCAUCUCCACGCCCAGCCCUGCCAGCCCAACAUCCACCGCCGAGGCCAGCACCAUCACACAGCCAGCGGUCUCUGAAUUCACCACCAAUGAGACAACCGUGACAUUGGUUCCUCCCCAUCCAACUGGGACUGAAUUCACAAGUACCGAGACUACCAUGGCAAGCUCUCCUUCUCUUCCAAUGACAGAGACAUCCACACCCAAUGCCAUAACAUCUUCAGUGCACACCACAGUGGAAACAAGCAACAGUGAGACAACCUCAGCCACAUCCUCCUCACCGCCAACGGUGACCAGCUCUUCCCUCCACAGCACCUUCUUGAUUUCUGUCUCUCACACAACCGUUUCCGAAACCACCACCAAUGAAACGACUCUGUCAACAACAGUUUCUGCUCCAGCUUCAACAGAAUUUACCAUUGCUGAAACAACAUUGUCAACAACACCCUCUGCGUCCACUCCACCUGAAACAUCCACUAGCGAGACAGUGGCCACGAGAGCUACUCACUCUGCAGUUGUAUCAACAUCUUCCAGGGAGAUAACAACAAGGGUCUCUCUCUCAACACUACCUGAAACGUUCCCUAGUGAGACAACCGGAAGAACAACUUCUCUUCCCCCUACUUUUAGUGAAUAUACAAGCAGUGAGACUCCCAUGGCAACCUCCCUUCCGGUCCUGAGCACUGAAUCCAUAUCCAAGCCCAGCGCUUCCAGCCUGAGCUCCGCGGCCGAGACCCACACCGUCUCCGAGUCUGUUCCCUCGUCCAGUGCUUCAAGCCUGACCUCCGCGGCCGAGACCCACACCGUCUCCGAGUCUGUUCCCUCGUCCAGUGCUUCAAGCCUGACCUCUGCAGCUGAGACCCACACCAUCUCCGAGUCUGUUCCCUCGUCCAGUUAUUCAAGCCUGACCUCCGCAGCCGAGACCCACACCGUCUCUGAGCCCGUCUCCACACCCAGCGGUUACAGCCCGAGCUCUGUGACCGAGGCCAGCACCAUGUCUGAGUCCAUCUCCACACCCAGCCCUGCCAGCCCAACAUCCACCGCCGAGGCCAUCACCAUCACACAGCCAGCGGUCUCUGAAUUCACCACCAAUGAGAAAACUGUGACAUUGGUUCCUCCCCAUCCAACUGGGACUGAAUUCACAAGUACCAAGACUACCAUGGCAAGCUCUCCUUCUCUUCCAAUGACAGAGACAUCCACACACAAUGCAAUAACAUCUUCAGUGCACACCACAGUGGAAACAAGCAACAGUGAGACAACCUCAGCCACAUCCUCUCCACCACCAACGGUGACCACUUCUUCCACCAACAGCAGCUUUUUCACUUCUAUCUCUCACACAACCCUUUCUGAAACAACCACCAAUGAAACGACUCUGUCAACAACAGUUUCUGCCCCAGUUUCAAAGGAAUUUACCACCCAUGAAACAACAUUGUCAACAACACCCUCUGCGUCUGCUCCAUCGAUAACAUCCACUAGCGAGACAGUGACCACGAGAGCUACUCACUCUGCAGUUGUAUCAACAUCUUCCAGGGAGAUAACAACAGGUGCCUCCCUCUCAACACUACCUGAAACUUUACCCAGUGAGACAACUGUGACAAGAACUUCUCUUCCCCCUACUUUUAGUGAAUAUACAAGCAGUGAGACUCCAAUGGCAACCUCCCUUCCGGUCCUGAGCACUGAAUCCAUAUCCAAGCCCAGCGCUUCCAGCCUGACCUCCACGGCCGAGGCCAGCACCGUCUCCGAGUCUGUUCCCUCGUCCAGUGCUUCAAGCCAGACCUCAACGGCCGAGACACACACCAUCUCCGAGUCUGUUCCCUCGUCCAGUUCUGCAAGCCUGACCUCCAGAGCUGAGGCCAGUACUGUCUCUGAGCCCGUCUCCACACCCAGCGGUUACAGCCCGAGCUCUGCGACCGAGGCCAACACCAUGUCCGAGUCCGUCUCCACGCCCAGCCCUGCCAGCCCAACAUCCACCGCCGAGGCCAGCACCAUCACACAGCCAGCGGUCUCUGAAUUCACAACCAAUGAGACAACCGUGACAUUGGUUCCUCCCCAUCCAACUGGGACUGAAUUCACAAGUACGGAGACUACCCUGGCAAACUCCCCUUCUCUUCCAAUGACAGAGACAUCCACACCCAAUGCAAUAACAUCUUCAGUGCACACCACAGUGGAAACAAGCAACAGUGAGACAACCUCAGCCACAUCCUCUCCACCACCAACGGUGACCAGUUCUUCCACCAACAGCAGCUUUUUCACUUCUAUCUCUCACACAACCGUUUCCGAAACCACCAACGAUGAAACGACUCUGUCAACAACGGUUUCUGCCCCAGCUUCAAAAGAAUUUACCACCCAUGAAACAACAUUGUCAACAACACCCUCUACGUCCGCUCCAUCUAUAACAUCCACUAGCGAGACAGUGGCCUCAAGAGCUACUCACUCUGCAGUUGUAUCAACAUCUUCCAGGGAGAUAACAACAAGUGUCUCUCUCUCAACACUACCUGAAACGUUCCUCAGUGAGACAACCGGAAAAACAACUUCUCUUCCCCCUACUUUUAGUGAAUAUACAAGCAGUGAGACUCCCAUGGCUACCUCCCUUCCGGUCCAGAGCACUGAAUCCAUAUCCAAGCCCAGCGCUUCCAGCCUGACCUCCACAGCCGAGGCACACACCGUCUCCGAGUCUGUUCCCUCAUCCAGUGCUUCAAGCCUGACCUCCGCAGCCGAGGCCAACACUGUCUCUGAGCCCGUCUCCACACCCAGUGGUUACAGCCCGAGCUCUGUGACCGAGGCCAGCACCAUGUCCGAGUCCAUCUCCACACCCAACCCUGCCAGCCCGACCUCCACUGCCGAGGCCAGCACCAUCACACAGCCAGCGGUCUCUGAAUUCACCACCAAUGAGACAACCGUGACACUGGUUCCUCCCCAUCCAACUGGGACUGAAUUCACAAAGCCCUUCAGCGACGUCUCUCGCCCACUCAACUGUGUCAGAGUCCACCAGAAAGGAGACAACUUUGGCAAGAAGCACUGGAAAGACAACUGA